AUGUCUGCCCCAACUUUCUCCUACGCGCAAGCCGCGCGAGGCCGGACCAUGUCCCAGCCCAGCCCUCAAGAGACAUCGAGCCCUGCUCCUUCGACGGCAGGUUCGCAAGGAAAAGACGACACCUCCACCGGCGCCACAUCCGUCACAGCACCAUCAGUUGCCUCCACCAUCCCUGAAACUCGCGAAGCUGAGCAGGUGGCCCAGACUCAAACCGAGGGUGGGUUGGUAAAGCAAGACUCGGAGAUCUCCGUUGCUGGUGCUGGUUCUUCUGCUGUGUCUGUCACAGAGCAGCCUAGCAAGACGGCUGAGGAGGGUAGCACGAAGGCGGCAGAUGUUCGGACUCGGACCCGACCCCAGACACGAAGUGAGGAUAAGGCAUCUCGCUCGGCCAGCCGAACCUCCCGAUUGAAUGACGGCGCAGAAGGCAGGAAAGGCCGAAAGGGCAAGAAGAGCCGCACAGGCGAGAAGGAUGCCCACAGCGACCAAAAUCAAGAAGAGGAUGCGGAAAAGGUGAAAGAGCCCCCAAAGCCGGUCAUUCUCACAGAGGCCCCUCCGCCGGCUGUCAACCCCUGGGCCAAACGGAUGGAGGCCCAGAAAGCGGCAGUCCAGACCAAGGUUGCUACGGAUGGAGCGGCAGCAGACAGCGAGUUGAGGCAGAACUUCUCUCAGGAAGCGACAAACCCGCGCACAGCAAUACCCAAUGGCGUCGACGGGGACAAGUUGGCGGAGAAGAAGUCAGCCGAUCAAGCGCCGCGCCGUAGUGCUCCCCGUGGCAGCCGUGCAGGGGACAAGGACGAGAAGAAACCGGUGACCCUACCACCAGUUGCGGAUCCCACGUCAUGGCCGGAUCCCAAGUCUGCCGCCGAGCUGGAGCAGCCGGCCCGGAAACCGCAUGAGAAGGCCGAUACGACCGAAAAGGACAGCCAUGAUGAGGCUGGGCCGACACGUAAGAAGACGUGGGAGAAGCUUGAGAUUGUUCACACUGUCGUCUUCGAGACCCAACUACCGCCGCUUCGUACAUCGAAGCCUCGAACUGGUGCUCCGCGCGGCGGACGUGAUUCGGGCUCAAUGAGAGGCAACCAACCUGCUGCUGGUCCGCAACCCGCGGCCGCCCCGGUGAGCGACAAAGCACCUUCUCCUGGAGGGUCCACUGGUCCGAAGAACACAACCACUCGCCCCCGUGAGAGUAGCGUUCCUUCUCGCGGAGCUCCUCACCCUCAGCCACCCCAUCCUUCGAAGCGCGCCUCAAUUGAUGCAGUCUCGCGCGACCAGCGCAAGCCAUUUGUGCCGGCGAGCACAGCAGAACAGGGUCGGGAUACGAGCCUCGAUGCUUCUUCUUCGUCGAAGAGGGCCAGCGCGACAAGAGACAUCCGGAUGGAGAACGGCACUCUGGGGGUUGAGAGCGGCCAAGCUGCAAGCCGGAUCCAGGAGCGGAGCAACUUCCAGACCCGGGGCGACUUCGCCAAAGAUGUCGCGCACGGUCAGCAGCAGUAUUCUGCACGCGACGGCCGUCCCGAGCGUGGUCGCGGUGGCGGUUAUCGUGGCCGUGGGGGCCACAACAGCUCCUCUCUUCCGUCUUCAUCGUACGGUCUCAACGGUCACUACGCCCCCAACGGCUUCCAGUCCCGUCAAGGCCCCAGUGCCCACAGCCCCCCGGCUUUCUCCAGCCAGUUCCCGACGUCUUUUGGUCACCCAUCAAGAGGCAGGGGAAACAAGUGGGCUGGCUCUGGCCAGUCAGCCGGACGUAAUAACGCCGGUGCCACGGGGUACCCCCCUAAAAUCACCCCCGUGAACGACUUCGCGGUCGGUCAAUAUCCUCCGUUCAUGUAUUCGCCAGUCUUCGAUGCCUCGAUCCCCAUGCUCAGGUCCCAGGUCGAGUACUACCUGUCCGUGGAGAACCUUUGCAAGGAUUAUUAUCUCCGCCAGCACAUGGACGGCCAGGGCUUUGUUCACCUUGCGACCAUUGCUGGAUUUAAGCGCAUCAAGGCUGUCACUGAGGAUAUGGAACUGGUUCGUCUGGCCUGCUCACUUUCUGAUCAAAUCGAGUUUGGUGUUGGCGAUGACGGCAUCGAGCGGCUGCGGCCCCGCGAGAAGUGGCAGCCCUUUGUCCUGCCUGUCAGCGAGCGGGCUGAGCCUUAUCGCAACGAUGGUCCGGCGAACUGGACUCCAUACGCCAGGCCUGAGACACAAUACGUCGCCCCAUUUCCUGGUCCCAUUGUCCCCCAGCAGUACCCCCCUGCCGCUGCUGGCUUCCCGGCGUUUGCCGAUGAGCAGAUGUUCCCGCCGCCUUACGUCAACGGGGCUGUCUACGACCCCGCAGUCAACGGUGUCGCCGUGAAUGGCGUCCACCAUGGCCAUGAGACCAGGCUGUCUGCGGGCGUUCCGGAAUACGCGCCGCCCCAGUCUCCUGUAACUCUGGAGAGCAUGACCAAUUUCCCAGACUCACUGGUGGAGAAUCUGAUGGUAGUCUUGAGCUACGACGACAAGGGCGAUGCCGGAUCGUCUGAUGCUGCCGGUGUGGCAGGCUAUGUUUCCCAUACCGGCCAAAAUGGCGUCGCCGGCUCACCCGAGGCCGAAAGCGUCAAUACGGAGCCAGCAACCGAUUCUGCCAGCGCUGAACCCUCCAGCCAUUCGGAUCGAUCUGAACGCGGGAUCGUUUGGGUUGAUGGACAAGCAUCUGCGUCCACCAAGGAACAAAAGCUGCGCAGGCCAUAUAGCGAGAUCCGCCAGGCGGCUCUUGAGCAACGCCAGAAUGCGAAGGCUGGCGAGACUCCCCGAGAAAUGCAGAAGCUCUACAAGUUCUGGUCGCAGAUGCUCCUCAACGACUUCAACGCCAAGGUCUACCAGGAGUUCAGGAAUUUCGCUCUUGAAGACGCGUCGCGCGAGGCACCUUCCAAGUAUGGGUUGAAAUACCUCCUCGAGUUCUACGACCGGCUUCUGCUCAAAACGAACACUCGCAAGCCCUGGCCUCAGGACCGCGCGGUGCCUGAGAUCUUCACGGCUCACUUGAAUGAGGCCGUCGAGCUGAACAACAAGCUUGACGGGAAGGAGGUAGCCGCCAUUUGA